AUGGCAGAGAAUGGACACGAGUAUAUCGGAAUGAUGAAAACAGCCACCAAGUAUUAUCCAAACAAGGAGAUUGCGAAGACAAUGGAAGAGUGGCCGAGCGAAUCUUCCUUGGUGCUGGAAUGUGAGUCUCCUAUUACAGGCGGCACUCUUCACUUCUGGCAAUUGAUUACAAGUACAACCGAAAGAAAGUCUUGUGCCUCCUUGCCACCAAAGGCGCUGGAUCUACACAUCAUGGAGAUCCUUACAUUGCUCGGUUUGCUGAUUCUGUUGGCAAAGUUUGUGAAAGAAAAGUGGAGAGGUCUUCGGUUGUUUCUGAAUACUUUGACGACAGCAAUGCCAUCGACCAAGCACGGCAAGGUAUACUCAAGCUGGAAAAGUGUUGGAUUACAAGGAAUGGGUGGUUCCGGAUUGCUACCACCAUGGCUGGGAUGA